UGGGGGUUUAACACUGUUUUUUGCAAACUUCUAAACCCUGGUAUUCAUUUUUUUCAAUUAUCCAAGCUCUCUGUGAUUGCGUUCUUAGCAAAAAUCCGCAAAGGUUUCUCACCUUUUUUCCUUGUUUCUACGAAAUUAAUUAUUGUCGGAAUCGAUGUUGUUAUGUCGUGAUGGUUCUGGGCUUAUUCAUUUCAUUAUUUGGUAUUCCCUCUUGCUCACAUGCUUACACUGACUAAUAGCAUCACGUGUGUUCAGGUGACUUAAGUUGGUAACUCUGCAGUUGUUGUUGUUAGGCUUCAGCACGAUUAUCUUAGAAUGUCUUCAGAUAAUGCUUUAGCUCUGAAGCUCAAGAAAAGGCUGAAGCUUUCAUCACUUAGCUCCAAUUCUUCUAAAGGAAGGAGUAGAUCAACUACUCAACGCAGUGGUGAUGACACAAACUCUCGGAAUACUAAUAAGACUAGGGUGUCGUAUUUAAAGAAGAAGAGGAUCUACCCCAAUAAGGCUGAGCAUAACCAUGUGAACGAAAUCCCACGCACGAUGUGGGCUGCCUCAAAGAGAAACCAACCGUCUACUUCUAGUUUUCAGACCUCUAAUGAUGCUGUAACAAGUGUGUUUAAAGCAAAUUCACCUAGGGGAGAUGAUGCUACUCGAAAGAGCCACAGGAAGAGAGAUGAAUUGGGUAAUAAUGCAGAUGUGAGACGAAGUAAAAGCCCGGAUGUGCCUUCUUUUAAGGCUAAGAAACAAGCGCUUUCAGAUAAGAGAGUCGAGGGAGAUGGUUCAGAUAGUCAGGAGGAUAAACCAAGGAAGAGAAAGAGGAUACGACUAGAUCCCUAUGAUACCUCAAAUAAAAGAAUAGAUGAUGAUGUCCUUCUUGAUGUAGACCAUAGAGUAACAAACAAGAAGGACGCUAUAAAAAGUGUCGAAAUGUCGAAAAAUGCUCAGUUUCGGGCAAUUCAGCCUAGUCAUUCGAUCCUUUCAUAUGUGGAAGAAAAUCUGUUGGGGCGUAGGCGAUUAAUUGAGCUAAAGAGGGCCGGCUACAACACCGAGCUUCCUGCUCCAUUAGAUAAUAUUCCUCGGUCAACCAGCACAGAGAGAGAACGUAUAGAAGAAAGUGUAUUUAGGAAUAAAUUGGAAUUCUUUGCUGCUGCCAAUGUUUCAUCUUCAUUUCCACCUCCUGAUGUACCCGAGAUUGCAUUUGCAGGAAGGUCGAAUGUUGGCAAAUCGUCUCUGCUAAAUGCUCUUACCAGACAAUGGGGUGUUGUAAGAACAUCUGACAAACCAGGACUGACCCAGACCAUCAAUUUCUUCAAUCUUGGUCCGAAGGUUCGACUUGUUGAUUUACCAGGCUAUGGCUUUGCCUUUGCAAAAGAUGAAGUUAAGGAAGCAUGGGAAGAUCUUGUAAAGGAAUAUGUUUCAACAAGAACUAGUCUUAAACGGGUGUGCCUUCUUGUUGACACCAAAUGGGGUAUGAAGCCAAGAGAUCAGGAACUUAUUAAUCUGAUGGAGAGAUCGAAUACAAAGUAUCAGAUAGUCUUAACCAAGACAGAUGUGGUGUUUCCCAUGGAUGUGGCACGUCGGGCAAUGCAAAUCGAGGAGAAGUUGAAAGCAAACAGAUCAAUUGUUCAGCCUCUGAUGAUGGUGAGCUCAAGGUCAGGAGCAGGCAUAGGAAGUUUAAGAACUGCUCUUGCUAAAAUUGCCAAGUUUGCAAAGUUCUAGCCAUCUAGGCUCUCAAAACACGAAAACAAUUCCCAAAGACAGUCAGAGAAUCAUACGUUCGUAUGACAAAAGAAGGGGUACAUGGAGAUAUAUGUGUUGUGGAAGGGAAGGGAGAAGUCAUGUCAAAAUGUUAAGAUAAGGAAGAGAUGGUGUGAUGAUGAUGAUCCGACUAAAGUUAGUGAAAACUGUCAACAAUCACUUUUGAUUCUUUUAUUCUUUUUGUUUGUCAAAGCCAUCGCUUGACAAAUUAGGUUCAUCCAAACCACUAACUUGUCAUUUUGGUCAACAAAAUAAUUAUUUUUUUUCUAUCGGAA